GACCGCCCUCUCUGUACAAUUUGGGGAGUGAGGGUCUGAACGCAUUCCGGAAGAGCCUGAAUUACUCGUUCAGGAAUUCGGGCUGUUGUGGGUUUUGGGAUUUAAUUUGGAGCUCGGCAGCAAUGGAGGGUUUGGUGUAUCGCCAGCUUUGUCCUCCUUCUGCUGCUGCGGCUGCCACAUGCUGCUGCUGCUCGACCACAACGACGACGCAGCUGGGAUUCGCCCAUGGAUUGUCCGCACGGUCGCUGUACAGGAAGUUGCAGAGGAAGAGCGAGCGGCCGGGUGGAGCGAAGGCGGCGAGUUUGAUCGUGAGGGGUGAGGCGCAGACGCAGAGGCAGCAGCUGGAGAAUUUGUCCGGCGUUGUGACGGAUGAUGCGGUUCCCGAAGGGCACAAGGGCCUUCAUGGGUUUCUGUAUGGCGAAGGAGGAGCGGACAUUCACACGUCCGGGAUCAAGGAAUUCGCAGGUCGACAGGGCGAAGACGACGGCACCACCAUUCUUGGAUUCGAGGAGUACGUCGCAGCCAGGGAGGCUGUCAAGUUUUCUGGGGUCUACGGAGUUCACAACAGCAAUGGCGGGCUCGAGUUCGUAGGGUAUUCCAGGAAUGUGGUUUUGUCUCUGAAGACUCACAGAGCCAGGGUGGGAGCAGAGAAGUGCGCGUCCGUGAGGGUCAAGUUGUUCUCGGUGGCAUCGAUUGUUUCGAGAGCGAAGUUGGAGGAGGAGAGGAAAAUGUGGUUGAUGUUUGCUGCCGAAAUUCCGCCGGGAAAUUCGCAUGAGAAUCACUUGUGGGAGGGGAGCAGCGCGGCUGCGCCAUUGCAGCACAUGACGGAGGAAGAGAGGAAAGAAUACGAGGAGAAGAAAUUGAAGAUGAGGAAGGCAAUGGGUGAGAAUCUGUACGAUGAUGUGGACGGAGAGGAUGAUGAUGCUAAGACUAUAAGAAUGAAGCUUCUUCAAGCCACAGAAGGUGAUGAUUGGAGCAGUGUGAUCGAUGGUCAGACCAAACAGACCAUCAAGCCCCCUCCAAUUGCAUUCGAUGAGGUCGUGGAUGAAGCACCUGCUGCCCAGAUUGUAAGCCCUUUCUCCACAUCUUCGAAAGGAAGUCUCUACUCCGCUGACAGCUACGAGUUGACGGUGGAGAAUGUGGAUAUCGUGUUGAACGAAGUGCGCCCUUACCUCAUCGCCGACGGUGGCAAUGUCGAGGUCGUGUCAUUGACAGAUGGUGUGGUGUCAUUGCGUCUGCAAGGAGCAUGUGGUACUUGUCCAAGCUCAACGACCACAAUGAAGAUGGGAAUUGAAAGAGUUCUCAAUGAAAAGUUUGGGGAGAGUUUGAAAGGAGUCGUGCAAGUGGAUCAACAGGAAAUCGGAGCCACACUUGGGGGUGUGAAUUCUCACCUCGAUAUGCUCAGACCUGCAAUCAUCAAUUACGGAGGCUCUGUCGAAGUUGUGUCUGUGAGCCCUUGCCGAGGUGAAGUAGUUGUUAAAUACAAGGGCCCUGCACCUAUCGGUAUGGGAAUCCAGGCGGCUAUCAAAGACAAAUUUCCGGACAUCAAGACGGUUACUCUCAUCGAACCAUGAGCCUCCAUUGGGGUAUAUGGGAUUCGACAUUGUACUAUGCUGUAAGCUCAAAGUCUUCUUGGAUCCACAUUUCUCUUACAUUUUUUUUGAAAGAAGUUCUACCUGAAAUUGCGGAGUCGACUUGAGGUACUAGUCUACACUAAAUUCUCUGGGCAAGGAUUGCUCUUUAGGUGGUUCUUAUGCUCUGAGGUUACUGUCGAUGUCACUACUUCCACAUCAAGAUCCAGGAUUGGAAGUUUCCAUCAGCAGUUGUAUCAUUCUGAAAAUUGUACUCUAAUAGUGAAAUCGAAGGAUUCCACGAUAUCCUCUACAGCUGGCUUUUAUGCCACUUUUUGUUUUCUUCAAAGUCAAUCAAAGGUUAUUGUUUGCUGACUC